CAUUCCUUUCACUGCCCCAACAAAACCCCUUCUGCUCCUCCUCCUCCUCCAGCAGCAGCCGGAAUCCAUGGCGACCGACAAAAUUCCCGCCGACCGUCCGGAGGCACUCCGAUUAGGACGCAGUGCACCAGUAAAAUGCCUACACUUCUUCUGCAUUUUCCUCUUCACUGCCGCCUCUGCCGCCUGUAUCGUCGGGCUGACCCUCUGCCUUGUCGUCCUCCGGGUAAAAGUCCCAACAGUAAAAUUAACUUUGGUCGCGGUAAAAGAUCUCCAGUACGGCUUCUCGCCGACCCCUUUCAUGGAGGCCACAUUAAUCGGGGAAAUAACAAUGGAAAAUCCGAAUUUCGGAGAGUUCAAGUACGAGGAAAUAAGGAACGUGACAUUGAUUUACGAUGGCGUGACGGUGGGAAUCGGCGAGGUGAAAAGAGUGUCUGUAAAUGCGAAGAGUAUUGAAAAAACGAAUUUUACAGUGAAAGUGGAACCGAAUUCGAGCUUUGUUGAUGUGGAUUAUUUCAGCUAUGAUUUGGCGAGGUUGAAGACGAUGAAUAUGAGUUGCAUCGCCCAGUUUGAGGGAAGAGCUCAUUUGUUGAAAUUGUUUAAAGCGAAGAAAAUUUCUGUGUUGAAAUGUAGUAUGAGCUUGAACUUGACCUCCCAUGGAGUCCAAAAUCUUGCUUGCCUAUAA